AUGGCGCUACGCGAGGGAGCUAAACGUGUAAAUCUGCUUUUCAAUAGCCGUCAUUUCUACAAAUUCACCUCAUUUGUUGGUGUCCGGUCGUUGUCUGAAAAUGUGUCAUCUAAACCAGUAGCUGCCAGUGCCCCAGAGACUACGGGCGACCAUUUACUCUACACACAAGAGCACUUUGCAUUAAAGGAGUCCCUCAAAAAGAUCAUCGACCAGGAGAUCAAUCCACACGUGGAUCAAUGGGAAGCAGAAGGAAAGUUUCCAGCCCAUAAAGUCUUUAAGAUCUUAGGAAACGCCGGCUUUCUGGGAGUCAACAAACCAGUUGAGUAUGGAGGUUUGGGGCUUGACUUCAGCUACAGCGUGGCAGUGUCAGAGGAGUUGGGCAACAUCCGCUGCGGAGGCAUACCAAUGGCCAUCGGUGUGCAGACUGACAUGGCUACCCCCGCUCUAGCCAGGUUUGGUUCAGCUGAGCUAAAGAAAGAGUUCCUGCUUCCAUCCAUCAUGGGGGACAAAGUGGCCUGCCUUGGAGUUAGUGAAGUCGGAGCAGGCUCUGAUGUCUCAAGUAUUAAAACUAAGGCGGUGAGGAAAGGGGAUGAAUAUGUGAUCACGGGGGGAAAGAUGUGGACCACCAAUGGUACCCAGGCUGACUGGAUGUGUCUCCUCGCCAACACCAGCGACGGGCCCUCACACAGGAACAAAUCUCUCAUCUGUUUGCCUAUGAACCUGCCAGGAAUACACAUCGCCCGAAAGAUUGAUAAAAUGGGUAUGUGGUCAUCAGACACAGCUGAGGUGUUCUUUGAUGAUGUCCAUGUGCCCUGCAAGAACAUCAUUGGGCAGGAAGGCAUGGGCUUUACCUACCAGAUGCUUCAGUUCCAGGAAGAGAGGCUCUGGGCAGUGGCCAAUACCGUGACCACCAUGGACAACAUCAUUCAGGAGACCAUCCAGUACACACGGCAGAGGAAGAUCUUCAAGCAGCCUGUCCUCUACCACCAGGCAGUUCAUUUCAGGUUGGCUGAACUGCAGACGGAGGUCGAGCUGCUCCGCUCCCUCCUCCACCGUGCUACAGCAAUGUACAUCAAAGGCAACGAUGUCACUAAGCUGGCGUCCAUGGCUAAACUAAAGGGGGGCCGCCUGGCCAGGGAAGUGGCUGAUGGCUGUCUGCAGUAUUGGGGAGGGAUGGGCUUCACCAGUGAGGUGCAGGUCAGCAGAUUCUACAGGGAUUCCAGGUUAAUGUCAAUUGGAGGAGGGGCUGAUGAGGUCAUGCUGGGAAUCAUCUGCAAGUACAUGGACACACUACCCAAGAAGUGAUAUUAUCUAUGCCUGACCCAGUGCCCGAUGUCACAAUAUUGCUGAUAAUGAGCACAGUGAAUUGUCUAAAAGAAAAACCUCAUCACCUAAGUGCAGUUUAUCUCAUGUUUAAACUCUUUAAGCUAUUCAAUUAAGUCUGUUGUGUUUUUUGCAUGUUUUAAUUAUACUUUAUGUGGUCUGAAAGUCUCUUUCUAAAAUACUCAAACACAAAAUGAAGCUUGUUUUUUCUCUUGACAUUGAGUGUAAAUACCCUUCUGACUGAUUGUAAUGUUUUGUGAUUUGUAAUGAAGUUCAUUUAAAUGUUAAUAGCCCUUUUGAGACUAAAUCUAUUUUUUUAGAAUAGACCGAGCAGAAUAGUGGGCAUAAAAAUGAAUGAAUGUAAAUAAAUGUGUAGCAAAGAUA